CUACCAAUAACUUUUAUCGCCAAAGAAUCGAAUUCAAACAAAAAGUGUACAUUUGGUUUUAUUAUUGUAAUAUUUUGAUUGAGUUGAAGAUACAUGAAAACGUUAUUAAUAGAAUUGACAGAAAUGAAAAUGGUCAGUUAUAAUGAGCAAUCCCAUCCGAUUAUGACGUAAGUCUCUCUAUAAAUAGAGACGUUAACUCUUAAACAGCAAAGUCACUUGUCAUCGUUAUACACUGCGAGAUGGAGUUCCCAGAUUUAGGACAACAUUGCCACGAGAAAUCGUGUAAACAGCUAGAUUUUCUUCCUAUGAAGUGUGAUGCCUGCUCACAAAUAUUUUGUCGAGACCACAUACAUUACAACACCCACAGCUGUUCAGAGUCUUACAAGAAAGAUAACCAGGUACCUGUAUGCCCGUUGUGUAACAAUCCAGUUCCUGUGAAGAAGGGCGAGAUGCCAGACGUAGUGGUGGGACAACACAUAGACAGAGACUGCGAGUCUGACCCUGCCCGCAAGAGAAGAAAGAUAUACACUAAUAGAUGUUCAUUCAAGGGAUGCAAACAGAAAGAGUUGAUUCCUGUUUUAUGUGAUAAUUGUCACCAGAACUUCUGCCUGAAGCAUCGACACGAAUCGGAUCAUAGCUGUAAAGGCUUCCAGAAUUCAGGGAGGGGCGUGUCCAGGGCAGGUGCUGCAGCUUUAUUUAGAAACACAAAAUCUUCCAGUAAACCAACAACUAGUGCUUCUAAUAAACCCCCCAGUAAACCUCAGACCACGCCAUUGUCACAGUUGGGUCGGGAACUAGACAGUGAGAGGAGACAGAGACAAGCCAUGGCAGCUACAGCAGUACAAGGAAGAAUGACUGAAGAUGAGGCUUUGGCUCAGGCAAUUCAGCAGUCUAUGGCCAAUUCAUCCCAGCCACCAGCACCGACAAAACCCUCACCAGAGCUGAAAGCUCAAGUGAGCUUUUCUGAUCACCCGUUAUCCAUCAUCUGUCAACUUUUCAUACUUUCAACUUCUACAGAACCACAUGGCCAAUUUCAACCAAACUUGGUGAUGGGGAUUCAAGUUUGUUCAAAGGAAGGACCAUGCCUCCUUCAAAGGGAAGAUAAUCACAAGAGGCCCAGGGGCCUUAUAGGUCACCUGAGUAUCAUGUAACAACCUUCCAAUGUUUGAAUUAGGUUUGUGUUUAAAUAUAAGAAUUUUACUUUUGGAUGGAAGAAACAUUGAAUAACUAUGUGGUCAUGAAGUACAUGUGUCAUUUUUAUGUUCAAUCAAUAAUCCUUUUUUAAAAACCUAGGUCUGAGACAUCAUAAAGAAAAGGGUUAUUUACUCCUUAGAUAAAACCAAUAUAAGAAGAUUUUCAAAGAAUUUCUACAUUUUCACUAUAUGACCAAUAGAGCCCCACCCUAACACAAGAACCCCUGCCCCAGGGGCCAUGAAUUUCACAAUUUUGGUAGAGGGCUCAACGCUCAUUUUAAUUAUGCCCACAGUUUGGCUUCUUGAUGUCCAGGAGUAAAGAAGAUUUUUUAAAAUUACACUCAUUUUGAUGGUUUUUGCCCCACCCCUCAGGCCCCAGGGGGGGCAGGGACCACGAAUUUCACAAUUUUUGUUCCCUUCCACCCACAGAUGCUAUAUGCCAAAAUUGGUUGAAAUUGGUUCAGGGGUUUCAGAGAAGAAGCUGAAAAUGUUCAAAUGUUAACGCAUGACGACGGACAAAAACAGAUUUUCAAAGAAAUAUUGCAUUUUCACUAUAUAAUCAAUCAGCCCCGCCUUUGCACCAGAACCCCUGACCCAGGGGCCAUAAAUUUCAGUUUUGAAAGAAGCAUCCUUGAUCAUCAUUAUCAUACUAUUAGUUUGUCUACUUAAUACCCAGCAGCAGAGGAGAAGAUUUUCAAAGAAAUAAAAUGCAUUUUCACUAUAUGAUCAAUAAGGCCCCACCCUAAUACCAGAACCCCUGACCCAGGGGCCAUGAAUUUCACAAUUUUGAAAGAGGCAUCCUCGCUCAUCAUAACCAUGCUAUUAGUUUGUCUACUUAAUACCCAAGGACAGAGAAGAAGAUUUUCAAAGAAAUAAUGCAUUUUCACUAUAUGACUUAUAGAGCCCCACCCUAGCACCAGAACCCCUGAUCCAGGGGCCAUGAAUUUCACAAUUUUUAAAGAGGCAUCCUUGCUCAUCAUUACCAUGCUAUUAGUUUGUCUACUUAAUACCCAGAAACAGAGAAGAAGAUUUUCAAAGAAUUUCUACAUUUUCACUAAAUGACCAAUAGAGCCCCACCCUAACACACCAGAAACCCUGAUCCAGGGGCCAUGAAUUUCUCAAUUUUUAAAGAGGCAUCCUUGCUCAUCAUUACCAUGCCAUUAGUUUGUCUACUUAAUACCCAGAGACAGAGAAGAAGAUUUUCAAAGAAUUUCUACAUUUUCACUAUAUGACCAAUAGAGCCCCACCCUAACACACCAGAAACCCUGAUCCAGGGGCCAUGAAUUUCACAAUUUUUAAAGAGGCAUCCUUGCUCAUCAUUACCAUGCUAUUAGUUUGUCUACUUAAUACCCAGAGACAGAGAAGAAGAUUUUCAAAGAAUUUCUACAUUUUCACUAUAUGACCAAUAGAGCCCCACCCUAACACAAGAACCCCUGCCCCAGGGGCCAUGAAUUUCACAAUUUUGGUAGAGGGCUCAACGCUCAUUAUAAUUAUGCCCACAGUUUGGCUUCUUGAUGUCCAGGAGUAAAGAAGAAGAUUUUUUAAAAUUACACUCAUUUUGAUGGUUUUUGCCCCACCCCUCAGGCCCCAGGGGGGCAGGGACCACGAAUUUCACAAUUUUUGUUCCCCUCCACCCACAGAUGCUAUAUGCCAAAAUUGGUUCAGGGGUUUCAGAGAAGAAGCUGAAAAUGUUCAAAUGUUAACGCACGACGAACGACGACGGACAAAAAUAGAUAGCAAUAGGUCACCUGAAUGAAUUCAGGUGACCUAAAAAUAAGAUGGGGUCAUUUAAAAAUCUUCUCAAGAACCCCUGGGCCGGAAAAUCUUAAGUUUACAUGAAAACUUCUUGACAUAAAGGAGAUUCAAGUUUGUUAAAAUCGUGACCCUCGGGUUGAGAAUGGGGCCACAACAGGGGAUCAAAGUUUUGUAUACAAAUAUAUAGGGAAAAUCUUCUUCUUAAAAACCACUGGGCUAGGAAAGUACAAAUUUACAUGAAAGCUUCCUGACAUCGUGCAGAUUCAAGUUUGUUAAAAUCAUGACCCCCGGGGGUAGGAUGGGGCCACAAUAGCGUAUCAAAUUUUUACAUACAAAUAUAUAUAGGGAAAAAUCAUUAAAAAUCUUCUGAAGAAUCACUGGGCCAGAAAUUUUAUAUUUUCACAAAAGGUUCCUGACAAUUAGUGCAGAUUCAAGUUUGUAAAAAAUCAUGGCCCCUAGGGGUAGGUUGGGGCCACAAUAGGGAUCAAAGUCUUGCAUGCGAAUAUACAUGUAUAGGGAAAAUCUUUAAAUAUGGGGCAAGUUGACUCAGGUGAGCGAUGUGUCCCAUGGGCCUCUUGUUAUCAGUAGGACGUUUUAUGAUAAAUUUCCUGUUCACAAUUAAGUAAUUACUCCACAACAGUAAUGACAUAGAAUAAAGCUGAUGCAAGAUAUAAACGUGUAAUAAAAAUCUUCAAUUAGCAUAUUCAUUCGUGAUAUUUUGAAUGCCUGUUUACUAAAGAAACCAAAGAAUAUUUAAUGUCUUGUAUUAAUACAUUUAGUCCAUUUAUGUUAAAUGGAACAAUUUUGAUGACAAAUGUUUGCAUGUUUGAUAUUUCUCCUAUCUGCAGAAAUUGCAAGUCCACAAUGUAGAGUGACAAAUAUCCCAAAUUCAUUGACCACAGCGGUUUAUUUUUGCAGACUCACACAACAAGAACAGGAGGACCUACUUUUAGCUCAGGCCAUUGCUGCCAGUCAGGAAGAGAACCAGA